AUGGUUCUGACUAAGUACAAGAACUUUAAGUAGUUGACUAUCUUGGCAUUUGGAGUAUUGCUGCUAUAGAUAUCCUAUACCUCUACAGCUAAUAUUUUAUCACUUAUACUGCAGAAAAAUGGGUAUGGUCCUCUAGGAAAUCUUUCUAUUGCAUGUGUCUACAUAGCAUGGGGAUUGGGAAGUUUAUUUUCACCAACAAUUUAUAAAAGACUGGGCUCUCGCAAAAGUAUCUUCUUGGGCGUAUCAUCUAACGCAAUCUGGAUAUAUUCCUCCAUUAUUUGCCUUCUAGAUAAAGAUAUGUCUCCUAAUGCUGAAAUUCCUUGGUACAAAUCAGAAGUCUUCGGCUAUAUUAUAGUCUUGGGUUGCUCUACAUUCAACGGUUUCUUUAACUGCCCUAUGUGGGUAGCCUUUUGCAAGUAGAUUUCCUCACUAUCUAGUAAGGAGACAUAUGGAACAUACUUUAGUUACUUCUGGUGUUACUACAUAUCCGCACAGAUAUUUGGAAACUCUUUGGCGUCUCUUGUACUUGAAAAGUUUUCAGAAAUAGCUUUCUUUAUCAUUAUGGGCUCAAUAGCUAUGCUCGCCUCCAUAUACUUUUGUUUUUUGACUUACCAGGAUGAUGCCAAACAUAAAAAUAGUUAGAUUAAGGAAAGUUUGUUAAAGGGUAGCAACAAGAGCAGUCUCAAUAAUACCAAAGAAGUUCAAGAUAAUCAAGAGGCUAAUGCAGUAGAAAAAGAGAUAGGAGAAGAGCAGCAAUCAGUAAAGUAAGAUGUGCUAGAUAUGUUUAGAAUGAUAGCCUCCAGAAAGAUGAGGUACAUGAUUCCCUAGAUAUUCUAUACUGGAGUCUCUUUUGCUUUCUAUACUGGCUAGUUCAUUUCAUUCAUUUAUCUCACCACACCAGCAAACUACACAGAGUAAUAGCAGUUUUCUCAAUCAAUGGGUGUGAUGUCUCUACUUGGUUUUGGAGCUUUAGUUGGAGCCUUGGGUAUAGGAUAUACUUAUGACAAGCAUGGCCAUAAAAACGCUGCCUUUUAAAACAUAGUGAUUUUGAUUUUGGUGUCUAUCUUUUUAUUCGGCUUCAUAUAUAAGAAGUCAUAUGAUGCUAUCGUAUUUAUGAUGGUCUUUACCUGGGGAGUUAUGGAUAGUAGCAUGGCUACACACAGCUACACUUCAUUAGGUAUAGAGUUCAAUGAUAGUCCAAUUGCUUUUGCUAUUUAUAAUACAUUCUAGUCUUUAGCUGUUAUCAUCUUCUCAUGUAUUAACAUUGCGAUUAAGGAUUGGAAUGAUUUAGCAUAUUAUGCAGGUGCUAUAAUUAUUCUUGGAGUAUUCUGUUUUGGCUUCAAUUACAAUUUGCCUGAUGCUAUUGGCGAUAGACCUAAAAAGAACAGCCCUAAGCAAGUUACAUUUGCUGAAGACCUAGAAGUUAUAAAUAAAAUUGAGUGA